GCGGUCACACUCCAGGAAGCAAGCAGCCUCACAGCACAUUCUGACCAUCACACACAGGCUUGGAGAGCGAGAGAGAGAGAGACCGAAUCAGCACCUCACACACAUUGCCAGAACCUGCUCGCUCCAGGGUGAGGAAUUCUUUACUUAAAAAAAAUGGAAUUACUCAACCAGCAUUACUAUCUGUCCUCUCUCUCUGACAUGGAGCUCCACCGCCUCCGACACCACCACAGCCACCGGACUGACGACAAGCUCCAGAUGCUGAACCUCAACCAACGCCUGGAGACCUACCUGGGCCGAGUGAGGCUGCUGGAGGAGGAGAACAAGCUACUAUGCCAGGAGAUCCAGGCCCUGAGGGGCAGCGGCCAGGGGGGGCGGAUGGGCCUGGAGGACAAGCUGAGCCUGGCCAGACAAGAGGUAGAGGAAGUCUGGAGGGAGAAGGAUCGGGUGGAGCUGGAGCUAGGGAGCCUGGGUGAAGAGCUCCACGUCCUGGGGCUGCAGAGACAGUGGGAGGCGGACGCCCAUGGGGAGGUGAAGAAGAAGCUGGCAGACAGCAGGAAGCAGAUGGAGGAGGAGAGGAGGGCUCAGAUCUGGUUAGGAGAGAAGGUGAGCCAGCUAGAGAAACAAAUCCAGUUCCAGAUACAAACCCACCAGGAAGAUGUUGCCGGCUUCCAGGCUACACUAAUCCAUGUCAGACCUGCACUGCCACCCCCUCCACCCCAAACGGGCACCCAGCUGCCCAGCCUCCAGGAGCUGGGUGAGGAGUACUCCCAGAUGGCUGUCAGGGCGUGGCAUGAGGCGGCCAUGGUGUUUCAGGGCCAGGUGGACAGCCUGGACGAGUCUCUAAACCAGGCCAGAACCCGGUUGGCCCAGGUGGGCCAGGAGAAGAAUGAGAGCCAGCUGAAACUUCAGGCCCUGGAGAAUGAGCUGCAAUCAGCCCAGGCUAGAAGGCAGUGUCUGGAGAGGAGUGUGGCCAAACAGAGAGACAUGCAGAGGCAAGAGAUACAAAACCUGCAGGCCCAUCUGGACGUGUUGGAGAUGGAGAAGGGGGCGCUGGGAAAUCAGAUUGACACUCUCCUGACAGAAAGUAGGGGUCUGCUGCAGCUGAAGAUGUCUCUGGGCAUGGAGGUGGCCACAUACAGCGCUUUACUGGACAAUGAAAGUCUGAAGGGGGAUUUCUCUUCAACAAAUCAGCUAAGGAGUACCUACAUCUCUGAUGGAGUGCCCAGCUCCCGAGGGGUUAAGCAAAGCUUCCAGACACAGCUGCCUACCAGUCACAUGAUCAGGCCCAUCUCUACCAUCCAUAGAGCAAGCCCACGAUCCAAUGUGACAAUGAUGUCCGCAUCACCAAUCUGGACUCAAAAUCGGGUAACCCUGAAAGAAACACCUGAGAGUUGUCGAAAGACAGAAGAGCAUAUCGACUUUGGGGUAGGGUCCAACUACCAGGUAAGUUGUUCAACGCCUUACCCCAAAGUACCACAGGACGGAAUUUCAGUCGACCACUUCAGACCCCAAGAUGUCCAUAAAGAAGUCAACUAUGCUGAGCCUCUCUCACCUCCCACUGAAGAGGCAGGAGCUGAUGUUGUAUCUUUGCUUGGAUCUGACCACAAGGAACAAUCCAUGUGGGAUAUGGAAAAGGAGGAAGAGGAUCAGAACAUAGUCAGAACCUGGUUUGCUGAAGAGAAACCCGUUCUGGAAUCUGCCAUGAGUCACCGGGUCGAGACCAGCUUCAGUAUGCCAACUGUGUUCAGCACUGAUGCUCAAGAGCUCUACAGCCCUUCAGUGAGCUAUGAGAGAGCAGGUUCGGUGACAGGGGCACAUUCUGCUUUCUCAGCGAAUGAUGAUAAUGAUGUACCUUUUGAAAUAUCUUUUGAAAAAGAGGAACCUCUACUAGAUAUGCCUUACGGUCCCAUGAAUGCAUCAAAGGAAAGAGAUCUUGAAACAACAAAGAAAGAUGCUGAAUGGGCGGGAAAUGAAGGCUUGGAAUCUGAAACUGCAUCAGUGCUAGAACAAGCAUUUGAGACCUUCACAAGCAGUCAAGCUUUUGAGUAUGGGGCGGGGAAAAGUUACAACAAGUCAAUAGAGCUCAACCAAGAGGACAAUAUGUCAUAUGAAUCUACUCAAGCCUCCCACGGUUCAGAAGAGGCAUUUCGCCAUGUUAAAAGACUGGAGGAAGAUGUUAUUCAUCUCCCAAAAGAGGAUGAAAAUGAUAUGUCUAACAAACAUGAGGAGCAAUUGGAAGAUGAAUUGCACCCCUAUGGGUAUGGUAAGGAUGAUCGUGAAAGAUUAGGAGGAUUCAUUAAGGAAAAUGAUAUGACAGAAAGAAUCGAUAAGUUCAACCAAGAGGAGAUGAUCUCAUCUGAAUCUGCUCAAGCUUCUCACAGGUCAGAAGAGGUAUUUCACCAUGUUGAAAGAGUGGAGGAAGGUGACAUAAAUUUCACAAAAGUGGAUGAUGAAAAUGAUAUGUCUAACAAACGUGAGGAACAACAUGCACUGAACCCCAAUGGGGAUGUAAAGGAUGAAUGGGAUAGAGUGAGAGGGUACAAUGAAGAGAAUGGAAUUGGAGAAAGAAUGGAUGAUUGGAAAGACGGAAAGUAUCAUAUGAAAGAGGAAGAGAUGUGGAAUAACAGAGAAGCCCAACCCAAUCGGUCUGAUCAAGAAUAUAUACCUUCAAAUGAAGAGAAACUAAAUCAAUUCGAGCAAGAGCAAAUACCUUCAGGCAGAGAGAAACUGAAUCAGUCUGAGACAGAGCAAAUACAUUCAGGCAGAGAGAAACUGAAUCAGUCUGAGACAGAGCAUAUACCUUCAGGCAGAGAGAAACUGAAUCAGUCUGAGCAAGAGCAAAUACCUUCAGGCGGAGAGAAACUGAAUCAGUCUGAGACAGAGCAAAUACCUUCAGGCAGAGAGAAACUGAAUCAGUCUGAGCAAGAGCAAAUACCUUCAGGCAGAGAGAAACUGAAUCAGUCUGAGCAAAGGUAUAUCAAUUCAAACGGAGAGAAACUGAAUCAGUCUGAACAAGAGCAAAUACCUUCAGGCAGAGAGAAACUGAAUCAGUCUGAGCAAAGGUAUAUCAAUUCAAACGGAGAGAAACUGAAUCAGUCUGAACAAGAGCAAAUACCUUCAGGCAGAGAGAAACUGAAUCAGUCUGAGCAAAGGUAUAUCAAUUCAAACGGAGAGAAACUGAAUCAGUCUGAGCAAGAGCAUAUACCUUCAGGCGGAGAGAAACUAAAUAUAUCCGACAAUGACAAAGAGGAUCAUGAUGAGGCAAACUACUGUCAAAAUAAUUCUGUAUCAUGGAGGGCUGAGCUAGAAGGCGACAGCUAUGCUCAGGACAACACACUAGCCGACACACACCCCUUGAUCCGUUACAAGAGUGACGAGACAGAUGUCAACACUCAGGCUUCACACAUGGGCGAGAGUGACUCCAGUGAUGGUGAAGAGGACAGGGAGGUUUGCCAGACAGGAACAGACACCUGGGGCGAAGGCAAGUCCAAACAGUUUGACACCAUGGAAUAUCUGUAUGAAGAGUCAGAAGGGGAUGUCAUAGAUCAGGAAAGUAACAUGGGCUCCACUCACCAAGAGGACAUGGAUGCUAGCCAAACAAAGGAGCAUGCUCCACAGGAGAACGAUGAGGAGAAUGCUGUAGAUCAGUUGAUUCAGGAGGCAGAAGAGGAGCAAUCCUAUGAGGAACUUACAGAACCUGGAGAGUACUCCAUGGUGUGCUCUGAUGAGGACUAUAAUGAAGAAAGAAUUGAUAGAUUGGUGGAGCAAGAGCUAGAGAAUUUAUCUAUAUCCAGUUACAGUGAACACUUUACUGGGCAGAUGAUUGAGAGCGAGUCAGUACUGAGUCUUCAAAUUGAGUCUCACACUGAACUUCCCCAGACACAAGACAUAUUAUACAGUGAGGAGGUAGUGCAGAUACACUCAGAGAGACUGAAUCAAUCUGAGCAAGAGUAUAUACCCUCAGGAGGAGAGAGACUGAAUCAACCUGAGCAAGAGUAUAUACACUCAGAGAGACUGAAUCAACCUGAGCAAGAGUAUAUACACUCAGAGAGACUGAAUCAAUCUGAACAAGAGUAUAUACCCUCAGAGAGACUGAAUCAACCUGAGCAAGAGUAUAUACCCUCAGAGAGACUGAAUCAACCUGAGCAAGAGUAUAUACCCUCAGAGAGACUGAAUCAACCUGAGCAAGAGUAUAUACCCUCAGAGAGACUGAAUCAACCUGAGCAAGAGUAUUUACCCUCAGAGAGACUGAAUCAACCUGAGCAAGUGUAUAUACCCUCAGAGAGACUGAAUCAACCUGAGCAAGAGUAUAUACCCUCAGAGAGACUGAAUCAACCUGAGCAAGAGUAUUUACCCUCAGAGAGACUGAAUCAACCUGAGCAAGUGUAUAUACCCUCAGGCGGUGAGAGACUGAAUCAAUCUGAACAAGAGUAUAUACCCUCAGGCGGAGAGAGACUGAAUCAAUCUGAACAAGAGUAUAUACCCUCAGGCGGAGAGAGACUGAAUCAAUCUGAACAAGAGUAUAUACCCUCAGGCGGAGAGAAACUGAAUCUAUCUGUGCAAGAACACAUACCAUCAGAUGGAGAGAAUCUGAAUCAAUCUGAACAAGAGAAGAUACCUUCAGGAGGAGAGAAACUGAAUCAAUCCGAGACAGAGGAUAUAACUUCAGGCGGAGAGAAACUGAAUCAAUCCGAGACAGAGGAUAUAACUUCAGGUGGAGAGAAUCUGAAUCAAUCUGAACAAGAGAAGAUACCUUCAGGAGGAGAGAAACUGAAUCAAUCCGAGACAGAGGAUAUAACUUCAGGCGGAGAGAAACUGAAUCAAUCCGAGACAGAGGAUAUAACUUCAGGUGGAGAGAAACUGAAUCAAUCCGAGACAGAGGAUAUAACUUCAGGUGGAGAGAAACUGAAUCAAUCCGAGACAGAGGAUAUAACUUCAGGUGGAGAGAAACUGAAUCAAUCUGAGCAAGAGUAUAUACCCUCAGGCGGAGAGAGACUGAAUCAACCUGAGCAAGAGUAUAUACACUCAGAGAGACUGAAUCAAUCUGAACAAGAGUAUAUACCCUCAGAGAGACUGAAUCAAUCUGAACAAGAGUAUAUACCCUCAGAAAGACUGAAUCAACCUGAGCAAGAGUAUAUACCCUCAGAGAGACUGAAUCAACCUGAGCAAGUGUAUAUACCCUCAGGCGGCGAGAAACUGAAUCAACCUGAUCAAGAGUAUAUACCCUCAGAGAGACUGAAUCAACCUGAACAAGAGUAUAUACCCUCAGGCGGAGAGAGACUGAAUCAAUCUGAACAAGAGUAUAUACCCUCAGGCGGAGAGAGACUGAAUCAAUCUGAACAAGAGUAUAUACCCUCAGGCGGAGAGAAACUGAAUCUAUCUGUGCAAGAACACAUACCCUCAGAUGGAGAGAAUCUGAAUCAAUCUGAACAAGAGAAGAUACCUUCAGGAGGAGAGAAACUGAAUCAAUCCGAGACAGAGGAUAUAACUUCAGGUGGAGAGAAACUGAAUCAAUCUGAGCAAGAGUAUAUACCCUCAGGCGGAGAGAAACUGAAUCAAUCCGAACCAGAGGAUAUAACUUCAGGUGGAGAGAAACUGAAUCAAUCCGAGACAGAGGAUAUAACUUCAGGUGGAGAGAAACUGAAUCAAUCCGAGACAGAGGAUAUAACUUCAGGUGGAGAGAAACUGAAUCAAUCCGAACCAGAGGAUAUACCUUCAGGUGGAGAGAAACUGAAUCAAUCCGAGACAGAGGAUAUACCUUCAGGCGGAGAGAAACUGAAUCAAUCCGAGACAGAGGAUAUAACUUCAGGUGGAGAGAAACUGAAUCAAUCCGAACCAGAGGAUAUACCUUCAGGUGCAGAGAAACUGAAUCAAUCCGAGACAGAGGAUAUACCUUCAGGCGGAGAGAAACUGAAUCAAUCCGAGACAGAGGAUAUAACUUCAGGUGGAGAGAAACUGAAUCAAUCCGAACCAGAGGAUAUACCUUCAGGCGGAGAGAAACUGGAUAUAUGUGAGCAAGAACAUAUACCCUCAGAUGGAGAGAAAAUGUAUCAAUCCGAGCCAGAGCAUUUAGCUUCAAUCAGAGAGAAACUGAAUCAAUCCGAGACAGAGGAUAUAACUUCAGGCGGAGAGAAACUGAAUCAAUCCGAGACAGAGGAUAUAACUUCAGGUGGAGAGAAACUGAAUCAAUCCGAGACAGAGGAUAUAACUUCAGGUGGAGAGAGACUGAAUCAAUCCGAACCAGAGGAUAUAACUUCAGGUGGAGAGAAACUGAAUCAAUCCGAGACAGAGGAUAUACCUUCAGGUGGAGAGAAACUGAAUCAAUCCGAGACAGAGGAUAUAACUUCAGGAGGAGAGAAACUGAAUCAAUCCGAGACAGAGGAUAUACCUUCAGGCGGAGAGAAACUGAAUCAAUCCGAGACAGAGGAUAUAACUUCAGGCGGAGAGAAACUGAAUCAAUCUGAGACAGAGGAUAUACCUUCAGGCGGAGAGACACUGGAUAUAUGUGAGCAAGAACAUAUACCCUCAGAUGGAGAGAAAAUGUAUCAAUCCGAGCCAGAGCAUUUACCUUCAAUCAGAGAGAAACUGAAUCAAUCUGGGCAAGAAAAUAUACCUUUCGGUGGAGAGAAAAUUAAUCAAUCCGAGCCCGAGUAUAUACCUUCAGGUGGAGAGAAAAUGUAUCAAUCUGAACAAGAGAAGAUACCUUCAGGAGGAGAGAAACUAAAUCAAUCUGAGCCAGAGUAUAUAACUUCAGAUGGAGAGAAAAUGUAUCAAUCCGAGCCAGAGCAUUUACCUUCAAACGGAGAGAAACUAAAUCAAUCUGAACAAGAGUAUAUAACUUCAGGCGGAGAGAAACAGAACGUAAAUGCACAAGAACACAUACCAACAGACGGAGAGAAAAUGAAUCAAUCUGAGUCAGAGUAUAUACCUUCAGGUGGAGAGAAACUGAAUCUAUAUGUGCAAGAACACAUACCAUCAGACGGAGAGAAACUGAAUCAAUCUGAACAAGAGGAUAUAACUUCAGGCGGAGAGACACUGGAUAUAUGUGAGCAAGAACAUAUACCCUCAGAUGGAGAGAAAAUGAAUCAAUCUGAGUCCGAGUAUAUACCUUCAGGUGGAGAGAAACUGAAUCAGUCUGAGCAAGAGUGUAUACCUUCAGGUGCAGAGAAACGGAAUCAGUCUGAGCAAGAGCAUAUACCUUCAGGUGGAGAGAAACUGAAUCAGUCUGAGCAAGAGCAUAUACCUUCAGGUGCAGAGAAACUGAAUCAGUCUGAGCAAGAGCAUAUACCUUCAGGUGGAGAGAAACUGAAUCAGUCUGAGCAAGAGUGUAUACCUUCAGGUGGAGAGAAACUGAAUCAGUCUGAACAAGAGCGUAUACCUCCAGGUGCAGAGAAACUGAAUCAGUCUGAACAAGAGUGUAUUUCCUCAGAGGUUAUGUAUUCGGUGCACUCUAGGAUUCUAAUGACAUCUGAUCACACAUCUCUUAGAGAAGGUUCAGUAGAAAUAUCCAAAGAAGAAUAUUUGGCUCAAGGUAAGGUAUUCAGUGGGGGACUGGGAACUGAAGCUGUACCAGACAAAAUAGAAGGACAGGAUGACCAGAACCUUUAUAUGUCGACUCAUGCAGACUUCACUGAAAGCCAUUCUAUCUACAGCAGUUUAAACAGCAGGCCUGAGAGUCAAACCGACAUGAACAACUUGGAUAUAGAAGAGUCCAACAGCACAGAUGAUGAGUCACCAAAUGCAAGCCAGUAUUUGCAACCUGUCACCAAAGCAAAUCUAACUGCAGAUCAGGAAGACUUGUUAAAUGUGGCAGUCUCUCACUAUGAGGAUUGCAAUACUCUUAUUGAACAUUCUGCAGAAGAGGUCACUAGCUAUCAGGCAAGUAAUGAAUGUCUUCAGACAGAUGAAUGGGAAGUCUUAGAAAGUCCAAACAAACACCUGGAAUCUGGAGAUCCUUUUGCAGGUCACAAGAGAGACUCCGAGAGAUCAUCCAAAACUGACAGCGAAGGCCAGGACCUCCACAGCUUCCUCAGCUCUGGUGUACACAACAACUUCUGGGGUUCCAAUCUGGAGACAGGAGCCCCCUAUCAACCGGAUGAGACAUAUGACCAUGUGACCGAGCUACCCAAUCAGAACCUAGUCUUGGCUAACAACCUAUCCUGGGUGGAUUUGGAUAAUCCACAGGCAACUAAUUGGAACACAAAGAUGGACAGCGACACACCUGAAGCUUCCACCCUUGAAGAAGAGGACAAACAGAUGCCCUCACAGGUGAAGCAGCUGGUUUGUAAAGAUGUGGUAGAGGGUGUGAAUGUUACUUCUGAAGGUUCUGAAGAUGGAGACUCCUGGUCAUCUGGGGAAGAAUAGGAACAAUUUCAGCAUGGUUUCUAUAAAGGAGAAAAGUAGAAGUAACAAGUGUUACUGAGAGUGUAAAACUAUUUACAUUUUACAGGCUUUGAAUUUGAGCAUUGAUUCACAUUGAUCCUCACAGUGGAAAGUAAAUGAAACGAUAAUUUCAUCCAAACAUGAAUGUACUAUGUCACAGAAUGUCAUGACAAUUCAGUGCUCUCCGGGAUCCUUGGGAUGUCCCUACCCUAAACCCUAACUAUAACCAUAAUCCUUACCUACACCAUUUAAAAUGUCAACUUCAAUGGGGUAGGGACGUCCCAAGGAUGCGAGAUAGCACAGACCGUCAAAUAUUUAUGCUGUUUUCAAAAACCAAAAAGUUGUGCUUGUGGCACUAACCACCAGUGUACCUACUCCAUUUCAAGACAUUGAGGGCCAUUUUUUGUAAGUUUUACAAAUUGAUGUUUGAAUAGCAUUUCUUUAUUUUGCCUCCCCCCUUUGAAGAACAAAAGUAACUUAAUUAAAAACCAAAGAAAGGACAUUUGAAAGUCAAAGCAUUCUGAACUGCCAUUAAUUGAUAGUUGAUUUGAUUGCACUGAUUGAAGGAAAUCAAUUAGAGCAAAAGUGAGAACCAAGGCCUGGGAGCUUGUUUUUUCUAGCAGCAACUGUUAUCUUAACAUCUUAAGUCCAUUUGAUAAGGACUCCAGCUGUGCCUUCAGAAGGUAUUCAUACCCCUUUGACUUACUCCAUUGAAGAGUUAUUUAUGAUUAUCAUUUGAUAUUUCAACUCACACACUACAAGCAGCAAAUCAAAUCAAAUUGUAUUAGUCACAUGCGCCGAAUACAACCAGUUUAGACCUUACAGUGAAAUGCUUACUUACGAGCCCCUAACUGACAGUGCAGUU